AUGACAAGUAAAAAUUAUGUAUUUAAUUUCAAAAAUGAGUUGGAAGAAUAUUGUAAUUCAGACGUUGAUAUACUACGAAGAGGGUGCUUAGAACUAAGGAAUCAAUUUUUGGACGUGUGUAAUAUUGACCCAUUUAAAUACAUUACAAUAGCUAGCGUUUGUAUGGCAAUUUAUCGACAAAAUGACUUGUUAAAUAAUUCUGUAGCAGUCAUCCAAAAUACCAAAAAAGAAACUUUUUCAGAAGAGUCUAUCAAGUGGAUGGAAAUUAAAAUAUCAAACGAAAAUAAAAACAUACGUCAUGCUUUAAACGGUGGAGAGGUCGUCAUAUGUGGAGCUAAAGUCGACGGUUAUGAUGAAUCGGAAAAAAAAGUUUAUCAUGGAUGUUUUUGGCAUGGCUGCCCGGAUUGCUUCCAUCCUAAUGAUAUAAACCACGUUAAUAAAAACGCUAUGACUGAUUUAUACAACAACAAGAUACGACGAACAUCUCAAUUGAAAGGAAAAGGGUAUCAAGUUGAAGAAAUGUGGAGUUGUAAAUGGAGAAAGUACGCAAAGUACAAACAAAUGAUGCAAUGUCCUGAUGAUGUAAUUGAGCCACUAAAUCCUCGAGAUGCAUUUUUCGGAGGCAGAACGAACGCUACAAAACUAAUGGCUAAAAAUAAAAAAAAUUAA